UCUAAAAUCAGCCAUGUCAUUAUUUUUAUAAGCAUUUUACUGGCCCAGCUUCAGCAGCAACAAGGCAUCAUGGCAUUUCGCGUCAAUAUCUCAGCCAGACACCAACAUGUCUUCAGAGCACACUUGUUCCGAGAACAUGGAUCGAUCCAGUUACACGGUCAGAUAUCGGCAGGAGAGAGAGCCUUUCUCCUCCAACAGGCAGCAGCCAUUGGGACCAAUCGGACCGAACCCAACAACACGUUGCUGGUGACCCCCGGUGGCACGACGGACGAUAAUGUCAAUGAUGGUGACGAUAAUCCUGAAGGUCAAUCAAUGACCCUGACCCAGACUUACGAUGAUAACAGCAAAGACCCAAAAGAUUUAAACGUGGUGGACGAAAUUCACACCCUUCUGAAUUUACCGAAGGAAACGAUGGACCCAGCGGCGGCGGAACCCACUUCAAAAGAGCAGGAGCAGUUCCAAAUGAACCAACAGGGGUUAGAGAUGGGCCCAGAGGGAGAAGACAGCGAUGACAAUGAACUGGAAUAUGAAGAUUAUAAUAACGAAGAUAACGAUAACCAAAUCUACAUCUUUGAUAACAAUAACGAUACCAAGGAUAAUUACUAUGGGUAUAAGAUACCGAAUGUUCUCAUCAUUUUCGUCGUAUCCAUGAAUAUCACAAUGACAAUCGUCUACCUCGGCAUCUUUGGAAUGGCGUUAUUUUUGUCAGCAGAGAAAAGAGCCCAGAAGAUUAAAUUAACAGACAUCUGUACCAAAAUUUGAUUUUAUACACACACAAACACACACAUAUAUAUAUAUAUAUAUAUC